UUGCACAAACUGACAUUCUUAUUCAUAAACCAGUUUCCAUUCACAUCUCUGACGUCCAUCUUCCUCAGACCUCUGACGAAAACUGGUCCUUUAUAAGAAACGGGGGAAAAAUUACGCACGGUCUGAGCCGAUUUUAUUGUAUGCUAAACUUCCUCAUCAAAUAACCCGGCGCUUUUCGUUUUUGGAUUUUUAUUUUUCGUCAUUUUAAAGCUACUGUUUGUAAGUGUCCGGCACCAAUCCAAGAAACAUUCAAAGGUCUAAAUGAGCCCCGGGUCUUUCGCUCUUACACAUUGAUCUCAGCAGUAGAAGAUGGCUAUCCACGUGGAAGGACUGGUGGCGAUCGUUAUCUUCUAUUUGCUUAUUCUCUUUGUUGGAAUAUGGGCUGCUUGGAAAAAUAAAAACUCGGGGGUUGCGGAGGGCAUGGACCGAAGUGAGAAUAUAAUGGUCGGUGGAAGAGAUAUAGGUUUAUUUGUUGGCGGAUUUACCAUGACCGCAACUUGGGUCGGCGGUGGCUAUAUCAAUGGAACGGCCGAAUAUGUCUAUUUGCCAGGGUAUGGGUUGGCUUGGGCGCAAGCUCCAUUUGGAUACGCGCUCAGUUUGGUAGUAGGUGGUCUUUUCUUCGCCAAGCCCAUGCGCUCCCGUGGUUACGUCACCAUGCUUGACCCCUUCCAGCAAAUUUACGGGAAGAGAAUGGGUGGGCUUCUCUUCAUCCCGGCGCUCAUGGGAGAGAUCUUUUGGUCAGCGGCCAUUUUAUCUGCUCUAGGAGCCACCCUCAGUGUGAUAGUGGACAUCAACAUCAACAUGUCAGUUGUGAUCUCCGCCCUCAUCGCCAUCUUCUACACCCUUGUAGGGGGGUUAUAUUCUGUGGCAUACACAGAUGUGGUCCAGCUCUUUUGUAUCUUCCUGGGGCUGUGGGUGAGUGUGCCCUUCGCACUGUCAAAUCCAGCUGUGUCUAACAUAGGACUCACAGCUAAGACUGAGGUCCAUCAGCUGCCUUGGCUAGGAAGCAUCAAAACGGAAAACAUAUUUCAGUGGAUGGAUAACUUUUGUCUUCUGAUGUUGGGGGGGAUUCCCUGGCAGGUCUAUUUUCAACGGGUUCUUUCUGCCUCUUCAGCUACCUACGCCCAAGUCCUCUCCUUCCUGGCCGCGUUCGGCUGCCUGGUCAUGGCCGUGCCGUCGGUCCUGAUAGGAGCCGUAGGGGCUUCCACAGACUGGAACCAGACCUCCUACGGGCCAGUGCCGCCGAUGAAAAGGGAUCAAUCAGACAUGAUUCUACCCAUCGUGCUCCAGCAUCUGUGCCCACCCUACAUUUCCUUUUUUGGACUGGGGGCCGUGUCUGCAGCAGUGAUGUCAUCAGCUGACUCGUCCAUUCUCUCUGCCAGCUCCAUGUUUGCCCGGAACAUCUAUCAGCUAGCUUUCCGCCAAUCGGCGUCGGACCGGGAGAUCGUCUGGGUGAUGCGGAUCACCAUCUUCGUGUUCGGCGCCCUGGCCACCGCCAUGGCGCUGCUGACGGGCACGGUCUACGGCCUGUGGUACCUGAGCUCAGACCUGGUGUACGUCAUCAUCUUCCCCCAGCUCAUCAGCGUGCUGUUCGUAAAGGGCACCAACACCUACGGCUCGGUGGCCGGCUACGUCUUCGGCAUGCUGCUGCGCAUCGGGGGCGGGGAGCCCUACCUCAAACUCCCCCCCUUCAUCUAUUACCCCGGCUGGAGCCGGGAGAGCAGGGUGCACCACCUCACAAAGAAUGUGGAGUACUAUAUCAAUCAGAGGUUCCCUUUCAAGACCAUGUCCAUGUUGGCCUCCUUCCUGGGAAACGUGCUGUUCUCCUACCUGGCCAAGUACUUGUUUGAGAGCGGGAAACUGUCACCGAAGUACGACUUCUUGGACGCGGUCCUCUCGAAGCACAGCAAGGAGAUCAUGGACAAAGCCACGCUGGUGGGCAACGACAACAUCAUCCUGUCGGAGCUGGCUCCGGUCAAGCCGCGGCUCAGCACCGCGCUGGCCGGCACCUUCACGAACAAAGAGGCCCUGAGCGAUGGGGAAUCCAGUCCUGACUCCUCCAACAACGAGAACGAGUAGAGUUCCAACCGCCCCGACCCGCCACUGGCCCUCCCUGCCCAGCCCCGCCCAGUCAUCGGCUGAGUACGUCAAAAACCAACAGAGGGAGCGAACUCCGUUUCCAGUGCGUUAAAUAAUGAUCAGUGGCGUUUCAGUGAGAUUAAUAUACUCACCGAUUUGUGUUCAUUUAUUUAUUGUUACUUAGCUCUCUCUCUGUUUUUCUUUUAAUUGCUGCUAUACCAAGUCAUUUGUAAAACAGUGUAGUCUCUGGAGGCGUGUUGAUGUUCCAUAAUGAAAAAACCGGGAAUGAAACAGAGAGUACUAAAGGGAGAUGGGUGUGGCAUGAGAAUAGUGCAAUAUAUUGACAACACUUGUUUAAGAGCAUCUGCUAUUAGGUCUCAAAGGAAUAACAACUAGCGGGGGUAUGUAUGAAACUCUUUGAUUAUUUUUAUCAAAGAUUCUCCUCAGAAGGAACAGGAAAAUAAUACUUAAAAAGACAGAGCAAUAACAUUCAAAUAGGUUCUGACCUCAUACAUAUAAUAAUUGUAUUUGCAUAAUUGCCUCAACAUUUGUAUGAUAUUUGCUUUAUCCAAGAAAAAGUAAGCAUUGUCAUUAUGCAGUAUUUACACAGCCGUGUCUAUGAAACAAGUGACACCGAUUCAUCUUCCUACAUUGUCUCUACUUUAACAUUUGUAAAAAUGCAUUUAAUGCCCAUUGACCCUUUGUUAGCUUUUUGAUUGGCUAGUUGACUGCCUAUCAGAUAGGAUAGCCAUUGUUGCUAAUGGCUCUUGGCUCCAUGAAGCUUUUGCUUCAAAGCAUGGAGGAUGGUAAUUUAGAAAUCAUUAGGUGUACUAUUAUACAUUUGAUAUACAUUUGACCAACAUGAGCAAACACAGGAUUGGACUACAGACAAUUUCUCAACAUUGUGAAUCAGUAAACACAGUUUGCUACGUCUGCUCAAAUAUAAAUAAAACACUUUUUUUCAGUUCUCAAUUUAUUGAUGUAGGUCUAAUGUAUAAAUUACUAAUUUAGCUGAUGCUUUUGCUUGCUUGUUAUUUUGCAUAACUUCUCUAUUGUAGCAGUUAACUAAGCUCUCUACCUUUAUUAAUGAUGUGAGCCUGCUAGUUAUGAUCUAUACUGAAUUGCAUUAAUGACCUACCUUUUCUAGCUAACUACUGACAAGGUACAUGGAAAUUAAUGAUACGUAUCUUGUUCAGUCUUACCUGCCUUUCUUAACCACUUUAUCACUUUAAGUGAACAAUUUCAUCAGUGAAUUAGCCAUAGUUAGACAGCCAAUCAUACAGAAAGAAAAUAAAAAUUAAUAAUGUAAUAUGACCAAGAUGUACCAAAAAGUUUCCUGAUAAACAAUCCCUUUUUUGUUUAAUUUGAAUUUGUAUUCAAAUAAAGGUUGUGAUAUCCCUGUGGCUUUUGGAUUGUCCCCUGGAAAGUUGCUCUCCGAGCCAAAAGCUUUAUGCAACAGUAACUAUGGGCGAUUGGCUUGACAAAGGGUCAAUUUUCUUUUUUUCACCAGUAUUAUGUGCCAAAACUAUACCUAUUGACCACCUGUUGGAUGUGAUAUCAUAAAUCUAGGAAUUGUGCCAAAUUCAAUUUUCUGCAAGUAUGGAAAAUAUUUAAGUUGUAGCAGAGAUUAUGAGUGGUCAGCAUUUGCAAAGUAUCAAGGAAAGAUUUAGGGUAUGAAGAAGAUUUAUUUAGCCUAAUGGACAACACCAGUAAAACAUGUAUACAUUUAAAUUGGAAAUUAACUAUGGGGCACAUUUUGGUGUCCAAUUGAUCAUGUAGGUGUUGUUCAUGUGUGUAGUGACCCUGUUCCUCAUGCUGUACAUAUAUUUAUUGGUAUAAAUGGUCAGUUGUUGAAAUGUUGUGUCACUGCUCCGGGAUGUCCAAGGAACAACCAUCAAUUUAAACAAAGUUGGCAGUUAUAGUUGGGUUUGCUGGUAAGGUUUUGCAUUAGCAGUAAGGCUGGUUUGACGUUUGAGAGGUUGUACAGAAUCGAGAUUAAUUUUGACAUUAAUUUUAUGGGAGGAGGCUGGUCGUGAUGCACUCAUUUUAGUCAUGCCAGCAUAUAGACAUAGCAUCAUAUCAUUAUCAUUAUGAUAGUUCUUCCUUUUUUUAUGGAAAUAAGAAAUGCAAAGUGUGUACAGUGAAACUAAGAGUUUUCCAAAGCUAAUCGCAAAUGCUUAAAGGAAAAGGGCUUAAAAUUAUUCAAGGGGAAAUGGUAGUGGAAUUCAGAGGGAUGAGCAUUUGACAUUUUUCUGUUUGUAUAGUUGCCAUCUAUGUGUGUCGUGUUUUCAUCGUCUGUUGUACAUUAAUAGCCUGAUUUACUAAGACUUCUAGCAUAUGUAAAGCCAUUUAGCACAUGCAAAACCAUUUGUUUUGCACCAAUCAUUGGAUGUGUUAUUAGUUUUGCCUGUGCUAAAAGGUUUUGCACAGGCUAAAGGCCUCAGGAAAUCAAGCCCUGUAUCUGAGUAUAGUUAUUUAUUAAUUGAUUAAGCGCCUUAAUUCUGUUCAUUUUGGCACGUGGUCUGAUACUAUGCAAAGUGUUGAGGAAUUGUAUCAGACAACGGUAUCAAUGUGAAUGUAAAGUAUCUGACGAUUAAACUGAUCUAAUCGAAAAUAAGUGGUUACAAAGCAUUUUUAUGUGAUUUGCAAACUUACAUGCAGUGUAGUAGGCCGAAAUGUGUGAGGGUCACUUGCUUAUACAAAGUAGCCAGAAGUAAUAAUAAUGUCUGGUGCUAGAUAGGCAAAUAUAUUUGUGAUUAUUCAUUGUAUUGUGUGACGUUUGUUUAUAUAUACAUAAAUCUCUAUUUAUUUAGGAGUUGUGAAUACAAAUUAUAGUGAUAAAUAUGUGAAAUGUAUAAAUUGAAUAAAUUCUAUAAUUUGA